GCCGUCGACGACAUGAUCUUCAGAGUGACGUUGUUGGUUGUGUGCACGCUGCUGGCCGCUGCGAGAUCCGAGCCAAGACCGCGGCCGCGUCCAGUGCCGAUCUACUCGAAUCAGUUCGCCGUUUACGUGCCCAGCGGAGCGGUGACCGCCGACGAGAUCGCCCAGGAGCACGGAUUCGACAAUCAUGGACAGAUCGGAGCCCUAAAGAAUUAUUACCUCUUCUCUCACAAGCGACUGCACAAGAGAUCCCUCACCGCGAGCGAGCCACAUCACAAGGCGCUCAGGGAUGAGCCACGGGUGCACUGGUUCCAGCAGCAGCAUGAGAAGAAGCGCAAGAAGCGCGACUUCGGCGCCGCGUCCUACGCGUUCGCCGAUUAUCAGCCCUUCUUCGGCGGUUUUGGUCCGCGUCCGCGACAGGUCGCCCAGUUCCAUCGCCAAAGAAACCGAGGCGUGCCACUUCAAAACCUGUUCACGGACCCGCUCUUCAAGGAACAGUGGUACCUGAACGGCGGCGCCAAGGACGGCUAUGACAUGAACCUCGGCCCGGCCUGGCAGAAGGGCUACACCGGCAAGGGUGUCGUCGUUUCGAUUCUGGACGACGGCAUCCAGACCAACCAUCCCGAUCUCGCGUUCAACUACGAUCACCAGGCCAGCACGGAUAUCAACGACAACGACGACGACCCGAUGCCGAGGGACAACGGCGACAACAAGCACGGCACGCGAUGCGCCGGCGAAGUCGCCGCCGUCGCCUUCAACCAGUACUGCGGCGUCGGGGUCGCUUAUAACGCCAGUAUCGGAGGCGUGCGAAUGCUCGAUGGCCCGGUAAACGACGCCGUCGAGGCCAGAGCUCUGGGAUUGAAUCCUGAUCACAUCGACAUAUACAGCGCCUCCUGGGGUCCCGAGGACGACGGCAAGACUGUCGACGGCCCGGGUCCUCUCGCCAGAAGGGCGUUUAUUUACGGAGUGACGAGCGGUCGAAAGGGUAAGGGCUCGAUCUUCGUGUGGGCGUCCGGUAACGGCGGUCGACACACCGACUCGUGCAACUGCGACGGCUACACGAACAGCAUCUUCACGCUGUCGAUAUCGAGCGCGACACAGGGCGGCUACAAGCCGUGGUAUCUCGAGGAGUGUAGCUCGACUUUGGCGUCCACGUACUCGUCGGGGACCCCCGGCAACGAUAAGAGCGUGGCUACCGUGGACAUGGAUGCCAAGCUGCGUCCCGAUCACAUCUGCACGGUGGAGCACACCGGAACAUCUGCCUCGGCGCCUUUAGCCGCCGGCAUUGCCGCCCUCGCCCUAGAGGCAAAUCCCACGCUAACGUGGCGGGACAUGCAGUACCUGGUGGUGCUCACCUCGAGGUCCGAGCCGUUGAGCAACGAGCCCGGCUGGAUACUGAACGGCGUGAAGAGAAAGGUCUCCCACAAGUUCGGCUACGGCCUGAUGGACGCGGGUGCCAUGGUCAACCUGGCCGAACAAUGGACCAACGUGCCGCCCCAGCACAUCUGCAAGUCUGACGAAAUCAACGAGGAGAGACCGAUUGAUCCCACGUACGGAUACACCAUGAGCGCGUACAUGGAUGCCACCGGAUGCGCUGGCUCUUUGAACGAGGUGCGGUUCUUGGAGCAUGUGCAGUGUAAGGUUUCCCUGAGGUUCUUCCCUCGCGGAAACUUGAGAAUCUUACUGACCUCGCCGAUGGGCACGACUUCAACGUUAUUAUUCGAGCGGCCGCGCGACGUUCUCAGCUCCAACUUCGACGACUGGCCCUUCCUCAGCGUACACUUCUGGGGCGAAAAGGCUGACGGUCGGUGGACACUGCAGAUCAUUAAUGCUGGGAAUCGACAUGUCAAUUCACCAGGUAUCCUGAAGAAGUGGCAGCUGAUCUUCUACGGCACAUCGACGAACCCGAUCCGGAUACGCACGCGGCAAUUUAACCCGGUACAUUCUUCGGCGUACCUUCCCUCCCAUUCCGUGCAUUACCCAUUCACGGUAGACGAUGAUCCGCUACAAUUGUCCGGUUAUCCGGGCAACAGGGACUUCUUUUCUCCGUCUACCUUUCAGAGUUACCAGGGCCCGUACGCUGGCGCCGCGUCGAACCUGCAGGCAUCCGUGGCCACCUUGGACGGCUCGUCGGCGCCGAUCCUGUCGAAUCACCUGCCCGGCGACGUCUCAUCGGCGUCCGCCUUCGACUCACCCUCUGCGGCGUCGUCCGUGCAAGCGGAUGGCUCGCUCGACACCACCAGGAGGAUACUGCACGACUGCGAUCCUCAAUGCGACGCGCAAGGUUGCUACGGCAAAGGCCCGACGCAGUGUGUCGCUUGUAAAAAUUAUCGUCUCGAUAACACUUGUGUCAGUCGCUGUCCGCCAAGGAGCUUCCCGAACCAGGGCGGCGUUUGCUGGCCGUGUCACGAAUCCUGCGAAAUUUGCGCGGGUGCGGGUCAGGACUCCUGUCUCUCGUGUGCUCCCGCUCAUCUUCGGGUCACUGAUCUGGCGGUCUGCCUCCAGCAAUGCCCGGAAGGCUACUACGAAAAUACCGAGAACAGCACGUGCGUGCCAUGCGAGGCCAACUGCGCCAGCUGUCAGGACAGACCGGACAAGUGUACCAGCUGCGAGCAUCAUUUGGUGAUGCACGAGAACAAAUGUUACGCCGCGUGUCCACCGUACACGUACGAAACGCAAGAUUACAAUUGCGGGCCGUGUCAUCCUACCUGCGAGACCUGUAACGGCACGGCGGAUAAUCAAUGCAUCGCCUGCCGAUCUGGACUGUUUGCCUUGAACGGCACGUGUCGCGCCUCGUGCCCGGCGGGCUAUAGCGCCGACAAGAAGCGACGCGAAUGCGUGGCAUGUCCGCCCGGCUGUGCGACCUGCAGUUCGCUCAGCUGCACCAGCUGCAUCGAGGGCUGGAGCCUGAACAAAAAGGGCCUGUGCGCGCCCGAGAGCCGCAGCCAUUGCAACACGGGCCAGUAUUACGAGGACGGCCAGUGCAAGGCCUGCCACUCGUCUUGCGAGACUUGCGCCGGCUCUACGGAGGAUCACUGUAUAUCCUGCCCGAAUCCGUUGCUCCUUCAGGGCAAACGCUGCGUGUCGCAAUGCGACGAUGCUUACUAUUCAGUGGUGCAACCCUCGCGACCGGUUUGCGUCCCCUGCCUGCACACUUGUAGGAGCUGCGUCUCCCGUUUGAAUUGUACAGCGUGUCAAGACGGCCUGCAGCUGCAGAGCGGAGAAUGCAGGUCAUCCUGUGCGCCAGGUUAUUACAGUGACAGAGGUCAAUGUGCCAAAUGUUACUUGUCGUGUAAAACGUGUUCGGGACCCAGAAGAGAUCAGUGCGUUACUUGUCCGAGAGGCUGGCAGCUGGCGGCCGGCGAAUGCCAUCCCGAGUGUCCAGAAGGGUUCUUCAAGUCGAACUUCGGUUGCCAGAAAUGUCAUCAUUAUUGCCGCACGUGCAAAGGCGAAGGCCCGCUGGAAUGCACCUCUUGUCCACCUCAUUCGAUGUUAGAAGGUGGACUAUGCAUGGAAUGCUUAGGGGCGCAGUACUACGAUUCCUUGACUCAGCUUUGCAAGAGUUGUCAUUCUGAUUGCCGCAGAUGCACUGGUCCCGGCAAAUUCAGCUGUGCCGCAUGCUCGCCACCAUUACAUUUGGACAAAUUGAACAAUCAAUGUGUUCCUUGUUGCACAGGUAACGAGAAGGGACCUCAGGCUGAGGAGUGCUGUCUCUGUGAUCCAGAAACCGGCGGCUGCAGGAACAGCUCACCGGCUGGGAAAAGGAGGGUACCGGGGACAGAGUUCUCUGCUAACACCGCCAUCUCUGAGACGUACAACAAUAAUGGCAGAAUAAGUAACGAUUCAGCUUCGCUCGCCGUAACAGCCGCCACAACCAUGGCAGUUGCCAUUUGCUUAGCAUCGAUUGCGUUGUUCGCAAUGAUAUUCGUCGCUCUUCAGGCUUGGUCCGGCAGAAGAGAGACCAACAUGGGAUAUACGCAGCUUGCCGUGAAGGUGGAACCGUCCGACGAUGCGGACGCCGACGACUCGACAGAGCUGAUGACUUAGACUUCGUUAACGCUGAACGUAACUGAUGAUCUUACGUCGCAGGGAGAUCGACGAGUCUCGAUUGCGAUUGAUUCGCGAGUCACAAGUUACGUAUUUUCGCAUUAGCGAGGUCCAAGGAUAGCCUAUAUAUGUGAUGAUAAGGCAAAUAGGAGAAUGGUGGUAAAUACGUAGCGGGGAGGAAAGAGUUGAAGAAGGAGGAGGAGCAAGCAAAAGAAGAUUCGUCGAAAACGUGAUAGUAGAACUCCGUAGAGUGUCGUGUGAAUGAACAGAAUGAAAGAGGAAGAGCGCGAGAGCAAGCGUGACUGUUGUUUACAUGGCCGUGGUGCGGUCGCGUGAAUGUGCGAAUGUACAAGGAACGUGUUUUAGCUAGAGAUAUACUUUUUGCCCGUAAUUGUUGUCAAGUGCGUCGCCGAUACCAUCGUCGCGCACACCAAGACACUUCCGACACGGAUAGCGAUCCGAGAUACGGAGUAAAAGGGUGAAGGACAUUAUGAAGUGCCUGAUUAGUGACACCCUUGUUUUCACACCCUUUCGCGUUCCCCCUCCGACGCUUUCUGUCUUCUAGGUAACUCCAAGCCUUCGUCGAUUAUAUAUCAUCGUCGUGUGUAUCUGCGAGAAAAUAGUAUCUCAGCUAGACGACAGAUAACACACAAAUGCGUGCCGAUCGUUGCGCGUUGCAAGAGUCGAGGGCGAUCUAGUUCAUUUAAUUAGCAUUCCUUAACUGUCCGUCGAGUUUUCCCUCGCGCAACAUCCUUCCUGACGCGAUCGACGACCGUCAAGUUAUCGAAGGGACGAAAGUGCGUCUUUUUCUUCAUCUCUCUUCUGGAAGGCUACCAACAUCCCGUUAAGUAGGGUGAAGGGACAUGUAUGUAAAGUGGCCUCCGUACAUUAGGCUGAACCACGGACCACGUAAUCGUAAUCGUUAAUUGUGAAUUAUGAAUGGAUAUUGUUAUAUAUUUGUAUAAAUGAUAAUAGUAACAAGUGAGCGAACAAAGGGGAGUUAAUCGCAAGGAUCAGGAGGGGGAGGCGAAAGAAAGCGAUGUAGCUAGAUGACGAACCAGGAUGGGGACGAGGCGAGAAGGACCGGAUUGGGGGAAGAGAAGAGAGAAGAUCAUCGCGCGCGAGUGUAAGCUGCUUCGUUCUCCCACCUUGAACCUGAUUGUCUCGGCUAGUCGACACACAAUUCGCACGCCCGAAAGAACCAACGGACUCUUACUGCGAUCGCCCAGUUAUCCGACGCGUCUGUGACAUCAGUCGUCACAUUCCAGUACCUCCCAAGCUGACGUAACACAAGCCAUUGACACAAGCAAUGCGUUUUAUAAACUGUUUGUUGUUAUUACUUAAUUGUCUACUCCGAUGUUUUGUUUAAUAUCUCACUUUCCGCGUUGUUCUUACUUUAUUUCUUUAAUUCUCGCUCGUAUCCAUUUUUUCCCUGUUUCGUUGGGAUCGCAUGAGAGGAGGGAAGUCAUUAAAAAACAAAAAAGAAAAAGGAAAACGGAUGAAUGAAUAAAAAGGAAAAAAAAAGAAUUGUACGCAACGAUCCGUAGCGAAUCGAUAUUCUCGAAAGCCAUCGCCCACGCCUACUCGUGUGAAUAUUGACUUUCUCCUUGUGAUUUGAUAUAAAGCUAUUAUUGUACUUUUAUGAUGACCGCGAUUAUAAAUAUAUACAUAUAUAUACACAC